UAGAGCCUCAAGGCAGAAGAUCUCAACUCGGCCCAAGCCAGUGUCCCACUUCUAACCUGUCGGGGUAGAGGCCAGGUGCUCGCAGUGUCAUGUCCGUGAGAACUACGUUAGAUAACAUAGAUUGUAACAGAUACUCGCACAUCCUCUCCCCGACCAAUCUGCGGCACCUUGCCCGGGAGUGGCUGAAGGAAGACACGCCGAGUUUUGACUAUGCAGGCUUCGUCGUCGGGGAGAAGGAGGAACGUGCGGUGUUGCUCCUGAAGAGCCGAGCGGUCCUCGCGGGUAAGCCGUUUGUUGACGCUGUGUUUCGGGAACUAGACUGUACAGUUGAAUGGCUCGUUGACGAGGGACAGUUAUUGGAGCCUAUCCACACAGUGGCGAACGUUAUUGGCAAAGUCCGACAUCUACUACUUGGAGAGAGAGUGGUCCUCAAUUGCCUCUCAAGGGCCACUGGUAUAGCUACAAAUGCUAGAAAAUUGAAACAGCUGACUGAGUCUGUAGCUUGGAAAGGAGAGCUAGCGGGAACAAGGAAGACAACUCCUGGCUUCCGUAUGGUGGAGAAGUAUGCUCUGCUCGUUGGAGGUGUGGCCACACACAGAUAUGAUUUGUCGUCGAUGGUGAUGCUGAAGGACAACCACAUAUGGACAGCAGGCAGUAUAGAACAGGCAGUAAAGGACGUGCGCGUUGUAAGUGGCUUCUCCUCAAAGAUAGAAGUCGAGUGUCGGAGUCUGGAGGAGGCAAGAGAAGCUGCACGUGCAGGGUGUCACGUGGUCAUGUUGGACAACUUCUCACCAAAGGCUCUAUCCCAAACUGCUGUGGUCCUCAAGAAGGAAUUCCCCGAGUUGAUCCUUGAAGCUAGUGGGGGCAUAACUCAGACAAGUGUGCGUAGCUAUUGCGACGUCAACGUGGACGUCAUAUCAGUCAGUGGACUUGUGCAGGGCUACACCACGGCCGACUUCUCAAUGAAAAUUUUCAAGGACGGAAAGGAUCCGAGGAACCUCAUGGUUGAGCCGACUUUGAACGCUACAUCGGCAGACGUCAAUGAGACAUAAAUGAUAAACUUAAAUAUAUAUAUAAUGUGUAAAAUAUCACUUAAACAUAUGUGUCAUGUAUUGUGUAACGUCGUUCUGAUCGGACGUUAAAGCAGUUGCAGCUUUCAUAACUAAAUGUAAAUCCAGUGAACUCUAACAUCAUAACAUUAGACCACAUUCCACCCACUGGCUGCAGGUGGACAAAACUCCAUACAUGUCGUCUUGGGGGGACGUUUGUACUCACUGGCGUAUAAGAUCCCCGUUACAAUGGCAAUGGUUCGUAAAGUAUGUGUGAUCCUUUCAUCUACUGUGCCUUUUGAAGCUUCUGUAAGCUAUCAUAGCCUCCACUAAUGUUUUGCCAUUGUCCAUAGUGUUGGCAAGAUAAAGAUCAUAAAUCUCAGAAGCCGUUGUACCACAUGUGGUGACAUCAAGGUUUGUUAUUAGGACAUGGUGUCUUGAAUUUUAAUGAAUAUUGUAUUUAUGUCGUCCCGUUCUCACACACCCAACAGACUACAUCAUACAGAUGAUCGGAAUAAACAGCAAAUAUAGAA